GGGCGGCUCGGCGACAGGCUUGAGUUCUUUACUUUGCCCAGGUUGGUAGGCAGCGUGCAUAUGGUACUGCAUAUGGUACUGCACACUCCUUCCUAGUUGCGGGUAGAGACGGGCGAGCUGCCUGGUCAGCCGUCGGGCCGGUUCCGUUAUAGCAUUGACGGGCGGAUUGGUAUCUCGCAUGCAAGAUAAGAGCUCGAGUCGGGGCCAGCUCUGGGGGUUUUGCUCGGUCAUAAUUUUCCCGUCGCCCAUCCCGAGGUGGACUUAGCGACCCGUUUCCAGUUGUUGGCUUGGGUUCUGGGCCGAGGCUUGAUCUGCUUCGUGUCUCUCUCUCGUCUGCUCGUGGAUUGACCAAGGAGAAGGAACGUCCCGGCCUGCAGCUUCCCUCUCCAAGAUGCAUCUCGUUCCCAAAGAGCUUGACAAGCUCGCCAUCUCCCAGCUGGGUCUCCUGGCCCAGCGCCGCCUGGCACGGGGCGUCAAGCUCAACCAUAGCGAGGCCACGGCCCUGAUCGCCAACAACUUGCAGGAGCUGAUCCGCGAUGGCCGCCAUACCGUCGCCGACCUGAUGGCCCUGGGCGCCACCAUGCUGGGCCGCCGCCACGUGCUGCCCUCGGUGUGCGCCACCCUGCACGAGAUCAUGGUCGAGGGCACCUUCCCCAGCGGCACCUACCUCGUCACAGUCCACAACCCCAUCAGCACCGAGGACGGCGACCUGGCCCGCGCCCUGUACGGCUCCUUCCUGCCGCUGCCCGACCAGACCCUGUUCCCCGUCGCCAACCCGGCCGAGUUCGAGACGGGCCGGAGGCCCGGCGCCGUCGUCGUCGUCCGCUCCGCCGUGCCCGCCGACGACGCCAUCGUGCUGAACAAGGGCCGCCGCCGCGUGCGCCUGCGCGUCGUCAGCCGCGGCGACCGCCCCAUCCAGGUCGGCAGCCACUACCACUUCGUCGAGACCAACGCCCAGCUCGAGUUCGACCGCGCCGCCGCCUACGGCUUCCGCCUCGACAUCGCCGCCGGCACCUCGGUGCGCUUCGAGCCGGGCGACGCCAGGACCGUCACGCUCGUCGAGAUCGGCGGCAGCAGGGUCAUCCGCGGCGGCAACAACCUCGCCAGCGGCGUCGUCGACCGCUCGCGCGUUGACGAGCUCGUCGCCCUGCUGCAGCGCGAGGGGUUCGCCCACGCCCCCUCGGCGGGCCCCGGCCUCGGCGUCGCCGGCCUGGACGUGCCCGGCUUCACCAUCGACCGCGCCUCCUACGCCACCAUGUUCGGCCCCACCACGGGCGACCGCGUCCGGCUGGGCAGCACCGACCUCUGGAUCCAGGUCGAGCGCGACCUGACCGUGUACGGCGACGAGUGCAAGUUCGGCGGCGGCAAGACGCUGCGCGAGGGCAUGGGCCAGGCCUCGGGCAGGUCCGACGACGAGUCGCUGGACCUGGUCAUCACCAACGCCCUCAUACUCGACUGGUCCGGCAUCUACAAGGCCGACAUCGGCGUCAAGAAGGGUAUGAUCUCCGCCAUCGGUAAGGCCGGGAACCCGGACGUUAUGGACGGCGUCACGCCGGGCAUGGUCGUCGGCAGCUGCACCGACGUCAUCGCCGGCGAGGGCAAGAUCAUCACGGCCGGUGGCAUCGACACGCACAUCCACUUCAUCUGCCCGCAGCAGGCCGACGAGUCUCUCGCCGCCGGUAUCACGACGUACCUGGGCGGCGGGACCGGACCCACUGCUGGCACCAACGCGACGACGUGCACCCCCGGUAAGCACUACAUGCGCCAGAUGCUGCAGGCCUGUGACUCGCUGCCCCUCAACGUCGGCAUCACGGGCAAGGGCAACGACAGCGGCACCGUGGGGCUGCGCGAGAUGGUCCUGGCGGGCGCGUGCGGCCUCAAGCUGCACGAGGACUGGGGCUCGACGCCGGCUGCUAUCGACGCCUGCCUUUCCGUGUGCGACGAGUACGACGUGCAGUGCAUGAUCCACACCGACACGCUCAACGAGUCGGGCUUCGUCGAGAGCACCAUCGCCGCCUUCAAGGGCCGCACCAUCCACACGUACCACACCGAGGGCGCCGGCGGCGGCCACGCGCCCGACAUCAUCUCGGUCGUCGAGCACCCGCACGUGCUCCCGUCCAGCACCAACCCGACGCGGCCCUUCACGCGCAACACGCUCGACGAGCACCUCGACAUGCUCAUGGUCUGCCACCACCUGUCGCGCGACAUACCCGAGGACGUGGCCUUUGCCGAGUCCCGCAUCCGCGCCGAAACCAUCGCGGCCGAGGACGUGCUGCACGACCUGGGCGCCAUCUCCAUGAUGAGCUCCGACUCGCAGGCUAUGGGCCGCCCGGGCGAGGUGAUCCUCCGCACCUGGAACACGGCCCACAAGAACAGGCUCCAGCGCGGCCCCUUGCCCGAGGACGCCGGCACGGGCGCCGACAACUUCCGCGCCAAGCGCUACGUGUCAAAGUACACCAUCAACCCGGCGCUGGCCCAGGGCAUGUCCCACCUCGUCGGCAGCGUCGAGCCGGGCCGCCUGGCCGACCUGGUGGUCUGGGACCCGGCCUGGUUCGGCACCAAGCCGAACCUGGUGCUCAAGUCCGGGCUCGUCGCCUGCGCCAUGAUGGGCGACCCCAACGGCUCCAUCCCCACCAUCCAGCCUGUCGUCGCCCGCCGCAUGUUUGCGCCCCGCGUGCCCGAGUCCUCGGUCCUCUUUGUGAGCGCCGCCUCGGUCGAGCACGGCAUCGCGCAGAGCUACGGCCUCCGCAAGCGCGUCGAGCCCGUGAGGGGCUGCAGGUCCGUCUCCAAGCGCGACAUGCGCUUCAACGACGCCAUGCCCGCCAUGCGCGUCGACCCGGAGUCGUACCGAGUCGAGGCCGACGGCGUCGUGUGCGCCGCCGAGCCCAGCACCGAGCUGCCACUGACGCAGCAGUUUUACGUCUACUAGAUUUUUCUCUUUUUUUUCCCUUCUCCCUUGAUGUUUUAUUUUAUUUUAUUCUUCUUGUUCGUGUUUACAAGUUGGGGUUUGCUGGCUCGGGCCAGCUGUGUUGGGAAAUACAAAGGACGACAUAUUCUCGGUCACAUGGGCGCGGGUGCCUCUUAAAGUACUAAUAGUGAUUUUUUGAACAAGAAGCGCAUAAUUUCCAUCGCAG